UUUAAAGAUUUGACCUCACUCAGCCACGCUUCAUUUUAGGCCAGUUGUCGCCAUUCCCGCUCCGCUGGUGAUAUCCCACGAGCAAACUUUUCGCCGGAACACCCUCCGCCGCCUCCUGCUCCUUCCCACGCCAGGAUUCACCUCGCCGCCCUCCAUCACUUCACCGGCGGCCGGGUCCUCGCAACUCCACCUCCGGCUCCCUCGAUCAUCAAACAAAAUCUCCAAGCCUCAUCGCGAAAGCCUCCUUCCAACAAAGCACGCCAUCUCGAUUUCUUCUCCCGUAGUUCGCUGCGCUCCUCCUCCUCCCCCCUCCCCGCUAGGCCGGUACCGGCAGCGCAGAUCUAUGCGGACUCGGGAUCUGUAUCUCCUUUCGUUGGGGAUGGAGGUGCAGGUGCUGGAUUUGGUGUCGUCGGACUCCGAGGACGAGGUGUCCGCGCACUCGCCUGACCACAAGCGUCCCGCGCGGCAGGCGGGUUCAGACCCUGAUCGUGGGGGUGGCACAGAGACCGGAGGCCGCGGCAUGGACAGCCUCUCCGAGCAAGAGAGCGCGGCGAGGUCACUGCGUCAGUCCAGUGAUGCGGUGAACAAAGGCAAGGAGAAGGUUGGCGAGGGGGAGAGUGCGUGGGCGGCGGGGCCUCCAAAGCUCGGUGGAGAAUCGCUGGGUGCUCGUGAUCGUGUCAUGGGAACUAGGAGUGAUCCUUGGAGCGCACAUGUGGGCAAGACUGGGGAUGGUGGAAAUGAUGGAGCUGGGUGUUGGGGUGAUGAGCUGCACAACGCGGUCCCCGUGCAACAGAAGGGAUCAGACAGGAAGGGGUUUCACGAGACAUAUGGACGGCGAUGGCUGCCUCACAAUGGUUCGGAUGAUCACUGGAAGGGUAUUCUUGGUGCAAGAUCUUCUGAUCCUGUCAAUACACUGCCACACUCGUGGUAUGCUGGCAUGAUAGAAGACAAUGCUGGAAUGUUUGCUCAAGGUUCUCUGACCACUCGUGAAAUUUCUGGAUGUGAUGAUUUUCUUAUGGAAGAUAGUGACUCAACGUGGUUGUCAAAGAUCAAGGGGCUGAACUUCCCACUUCCUGAUGAGAAUCAGCUCAGAAUCAGGCAAAUUGAAGAGGAUGAGAUGUUUGCCCGCAGGCUUCAGGAUCAGCUUAGUCAGGAACAGCCAGGCUCUCAGCAUUCAGAAGCGGUUGAUGCGACAAUAGCCUGGACAUUACAAGAGCAAGAUGCUGAGCAUUCCAGAAUUGCUGCAGGAGAAGGCCAAUCUAGUUCUAGUCAGAGGGACAGAUCAAUGGCACACUUGUAUUCAUAUGGCCGGCACUCACCUGUUCAAAGUUUUGCUUCUUGGGCAUCUAACCGUACUCCAAUACUGAUGUCAAGCAGAAGAGGAUUGCCAAGAAGCUCCAACUGCCCUCAAGUGGAGCAACGCAAUAUGAUUAUCUCUCAGUUGACCAGUGGAUGCUUCAGAGAAGACAUGGAUCUAGAAACGAGAAUGGCCGUACUGGACUCACUUCAAGAAGCACUGGACAACUGUGGGGACACAUUUUCUCCAGAUUAUGACGAUGAUGAUUAUGAGGACCUCAUAGCACUUGAUGACAACAACCAUCACAGAGGUGCUACUGAUGAUCAAAUAGACAGACUGCCAUUAUCAGUAGUUGAGGGAGAAAAUUCUGAUGAACCCUGCCCUAUAUGCUUGGACUGCCCUUCUGCUGGUGAUUCCCUCCGGCAUUUGCCGUGCUUGCACAAGUUUCACAAAGAGUGCAUUGACAGAUGGCUUGGGAUGAGGAUCUCAUGUCCCGUUUGCAAGUCAAAUAUAGUCUGACAGUAGGUUGUAUCAUCGGUUAUACUUUUUGGAGUAGUUUGAAAAAUGUUUUAGGUUGAUUAACACUGAGCAAUAGGAAGCAUCGGGACCACUGGUGCUGCAAUGUGUAAAUUGCGUUGUGCUCUCGUCUGCUCCGUGGUUCUCUCUGAACGAGCAUAUGAAUGGUCCCCCCCCCCCCCCCUUUUUGAGAGAGACAGCACUCGAAACCUUAUAUUCGCUCGUUGUAUACCUUUUUUAAGGUGACAUGACAUGCAGAAGCACCUAGCGUACUUCGUACAUCAGUUUUGGGCCCUGCCAUAUGGAAUAUAGACUAUGGAAGAGGCUGAAGUUGAGCCCGUAGGACCUGGAUCCAUAUAAACAAAGAUGAACGGCACAUUCUGUUGCAGACUUGUGGUUCGAAUACAAUGAUGCUAUUCGGUUUCGAGA